UGCGCUCGAGCCGCCCGAGUGUCAGUACGGUGUUGGAUCGUGAUGGGUGUCGUGUACUCGGCCGUCGAGCGUAUCUCGCGGUGCAACGUCUGGCAGCGCAGUCGUGCUUAUCAGCCGCGGUGAAUCGUUGGCGAUAACGCACUGGCAAAAGUCGAGGUGAGCUCAUCGCGUGCGUAUUUUACAAAGCGGGAGAAAAGAACGGUGUCGCUCUCUCUCCACUCUCUUUUUCUCGCGACAACGCGUACCUGAUGUGUUCGUGCGCGGUUCCCGAAGUAGUAGUCCGCGUCGGGUUAACUUUUGUGCCAGGUACUUGGCGUCCACGUACGUGACUCAUCCCCGUCAACUUGGGUCUCCUCGACGGGGUCGCCGAAUUUCCCGACGCUGCGGGGAGAUGUGAGCGAUCGUCGCGGGAGCAACGACCGAUUUGGGGGACGCCAUCCGCUUUCAACGAGGCCACGUGGACCACGUCGGAAGCCAGGAAAAAUAUGUGCCAGCAUGUCCGAGGGCGACGCGCAGGAAGCAGCCAGCGAGGAGAUCGGGAGACGGGGAUCCCUCUACGUGUUCCCGGGUGCGGGCCGUCCCAGCUGUGCGACGUCGUCAUCGUCAUCGUUAACGUCGUCGACGACUCCUCAGCCACCACCGUUCCCCCACGGCGGUUUGUUCGUUACGGACACGACGAUGACGACCAGCACCACGACGACGAUGACAACCGCGUCAACGAAGAUCAGCAAUGGCGACGAAGACGAGGACGCUGUGGAGGAGGUCACUUCACCGGCCAGACGGAGACCGUCACCGAGGACUCACGCGAGAUCGGCCAGUCAUGGCGGUGUUUUGGCGGAUUGUGCGACUGCUGGAUGGCAGACACACGGCUCCUUUCUGGGCCCGCUGACGACGUUGGGAAGCGCGACGGCCGCGGGUCGACCGUCCGCGCUGAAGAAGCCGGGCCAUCAAAGAGCCUUCAGCCAGGGUCAGGUGGCGGACGUGACGCAAGGCCAGUCGGCCGUAACGGGACACCAUCGCGUCGGCUCAAGAACGGAUUUUAUCUUACCGCCAGGUCACAGGGAGGACGGCAGACCGCCCACUGCUGGCAGGAUGCCUUCCUUUCGCGGCCAUUCUCGUCAGGCGUCCAGAUCGGAGUCUAUCUACACGAUAAGACGUAGCGUCGCGCCACCCUGGUGGAGGAGACUGUGGGCGCACUGUUUCGGUUCGGUACCGGAGGAGCCUCGUCUACGGACGAUAGUGCCGAAUCAUUUGGUCUCCCCGAAGACUCCGAAGAGCCAGCAUCCCAACGGGGACAGAGUGGACAACAGAGUACGCACAACCAAGUAUACGACGUUGAGCUUCCUACCUCGUAACCUACUGGAGCAGUUCCAUCGCGUGGCCAAUCUGUACUUCAUCUUCAUCGUACUGUUGAAUUGGGUGCCGGCGAUAAACGCGUUUGGCAAGGAGGUCGCCAUGAUCCCGGUGGUAUUUGUUCUCGGUGUCACCGCACUUAAGGACUUCUUCGAGGAUCGUCGACGUCUCGCCAGUGACCAGCGUGUGAACAAUUCCACCUGCCGUGUCUAUGUCAGCGAGGGCGAUAGAUACGUGAAGGUGGCGUGGAAGGAUGUCAAGGUGGGUGACCUGGUUCACCUCUCCAACAACGAACUGGUACCGGCCGAUCUCUUGCUUCUGCGAAGCAGUGAUCCUCAGGGAUUAGCUUAUCUCGAUACGUGCAACCUCGACGGCGAGUCAAAUCUGAAGCAGCGUCAGGUCGUCAGGGGUUUCCUCGAUUUGCAGGAUACCUUUCAGCCUUCCAAGUUCCGAUCGGUGGUCGAGGUCGAUCAGCCAAGUACUAGAAUAUAUAGGUUUCACGGCGCCGUAGUGCACCCGGACGGCGGCAGGGUGCCCGUGUCCACGGAAAAUCUUUUACUCAGGGAAUGCAUCCUAAAAAACACCGACUUUGUCGAGGGCAUAGUCAUAUACGCCGGUCAUGAGACGAAAGCGUUGCUGAACAACGGUGGACCCCGAUACAAGCGCUCUCGUCUCGAAAAAUACAUGAACAGGGACGUAAAGUGGUGUGUAGUGAUAUUGUUGGUUCUGUGCGUGAUCGGUGCGUUCGGCUGCCGACUUUGGUUGUCCGCGUACAUGGGUCUGCCGGCGAUACCGUUUCUGCCGGUGCUGCACGAGCCAAUUUACGAGAGCAUGCUGAUCUUUUUCACCUUCGUCAUAAUAUUCCAAGUGAUGAUACCGUUGAGCCUGUACGUGACGAUCGAGAUGGCCAAGGUGGGACAGGUGUACCAUAUCGGCCACGAUCCGACUCUCCACGACACGGAAACUGGCCGUAAGGCGGAGUGCCGCGCGCUGAAUAUCACGGAGGAACUAGGCCAAGUGCAGUAUGUGUUUUCGGACAAGACUGGCACUCUGACGGAGAACAAAAUGCUGUUUAGGAGAUGCGCGGUAGGCGGCCAGGAUUAUUCGCACAUGGGCGACAACGAGAACUUACUUCCGUGUGCGCGGCUCAAGGAGGACCUGCUUAUAGGUACAUUUCGGCAUCGUUUACAGGAGUUUCUUAUUGUCUUAGCCACGUGUAACACGGUUGUCGUAAAUUCUCAACCGCAUCACGAUAUUAUGAACUCUAGCGGGAUCAUCGAGGAACCUCAGAAAAACGGAACGGUUCCUGCGAGAAUAAUGGAAUCUGGCGCAAACUCGUUACCGACCGCUAACUCACCGCCAGUCCCGAUGUCCCCGAAUAACAGGACCGUCCACACUUUAUCUCCGGUUUCGCCUAUAAUUGGCACGCCAAACACAUUCCACGAUACGCCCAAGUUUCCGUUUAAAAUUUCCAGGCCAAAGUUGCUGAACGUAACAUCGAUACCAAGUCUGGGCAUCGGAUUGUUAGGACGGAAGAUGUCACCGGAUGGACAGAAGAGACGUAGUCCGGACGCAAAGAACGGUGACGAGCUGUUGCAGAGACCGGCGAUCUACGAGGCCGAGAGCCCGGACGAAUUAGCGCUGGUACACGCGGCGCGUGCUUACGAGGUCAAGCUGGUAAAGCGCACGCCGCGCAGCGCGAUCGUUUCCUUCCCGGACAAGUCGACGCUCGCGUUCGAGAUACUUCACGUGUUGCCGUUCGACUCGAACAGGAAAUGUAUGUCGGUGCUGCUCAGGCAUCCUCACACCGGGGAGAUCGUGUUGUACAGCAAAGGUGCGGACACGACGAUGCUGCCGUCGCUCUCGCCAAGCGACGAAAACACCGUCGCGGUAACGAGCAUUCGCCAGCAUCUGCAAUCAUACGCGCGCCAAGGAUUACGCACCCUGGUAAUGGCGAGAAGGACGUUGACGCCGCAGGAGUACGAGACGUGGCGGCAGAGCCACAACGAGGCAGAACUGGCGACGGAGAACCGCGAGCGUCGUAUACGCGACUCGUACGCGACACUGGAGUCACACUUGACGCUGUUGGGAGCGACCGGGAUUGAGGACAAGUUGCAGGCCGGCGUGCCCGAGACAAUGGCUGCCCUGGUGGCUGCCGGGAUCGUUGUAUGGGUUCUGACAGGGGACAAGCCGGAGACCGCGGUGAACGUGGCGUACUCGGCGCGUCUUUUCUCGCCGGCCAUGCAGCUACUACAGCUGCAGGCGAGAUCGAAAUCUGUGGCCGAAACUCUCAUAAACGGCUAUCUGGAAUCGGCGCGCAAAGAGAGUAUAAACGGUACGCGUCCGCAGUAUUCAUACGUGGUCGACUCCGCGGAGAGGGACGCGCACAGGAUCGACAGUCCGUGGCCUCGGCAACGCGCGCUCGUCGUGGACGGCAAGACAUUGACCGUGAUCUUAGACUCGCGAUCGGGCUUGACGGGUCCGUUUCUCGAGCUUACGCAAAUGUGUUCCAGCGUCUUGGCUUGUCGUGCCACACCAUUGCAAAAGGCUUACAUAGUCCGUAUCGUUAAAAAACAAUUGGGAAUGAGAACGUUAGCGAUAGGCGACGGUGCGAACGACGUUAGCAUGAUCCAGACCGCCGACGUAGGCGUCGGUAUCUCGGGGCAAGAAGGCACCCAAGCCGUAAUGGCGGCGGAUUUCGCGAUUUCGCGAUUUUCCAUGCUCAGCCGACUGCUACUUUUGCACGGACACUGGUGUUACGACCGUCUCGCCAGAAUGAUCUUGUAUUUCUUUUACAAGAACGCCACCUUCGUCUUCCUCAUAUUCUGGUUUCAGCUGUUCUGCGGCUUUUCCGGUGCCGUGAUGAUAGACCAAAUAUAUUUAAUGCUGUACAACUUGCUGUUUACCUCGUUGCCGCCCCUCGCUCUGGGUAUCUACGAUCGAGUUGCGAAGCCUCGCGUGCUGCUCUCUGCGCCGGAAUUGUACAGAAGGGGACGCCUGGGACUGGUUUAUCAGUCGCAUUCCUUUUGGUUGACGAUUGCUGACGCUCUUUAUCAAAGCAUCGUCAUCUUCUUCAUUACCAAAGAGGUCUAUCAUGAUUCAACCAUCGACAUAUGGGAGUUUGGAACGACUAUCAUGACGGCGUGCAUCUUCGUCAUGCUGCUUCAUGCUGCCAUAGAGACCAGAUCUUGGACUAUUAUUCAUAUUGGUGCCAUUGGGGGUUCCUUGGGAAUAUUCUUUGGGUUUUGCCUAUUUUAUAACGCCGUUUGUGUCAAUUGCAUGGGUUUGCCCGGAUCCUUUUGGAUAAUGGAGGUGGCGGUUACGCAUCUCACGUACUGGCUCACAGUAUUACUCACGUCUGUUCUUGCCUUAAUGCCUAGAUUAGUGUACAGGGCCAUACAGUCCACCGUCGCGCCAGACACCAUGCAGAUCAUCUCGCGGCAGAUCGCCAGGAAGAACGACAACGUUCGUCGACAACGUAUCAACAGCCAGAGAGGCGAAGUCAACCUUAUCGCUGGAUGGUCGCGUUCCUCGCAACACGCUACUAUUAGACCCGGCAGUUAUGCAGGCAAAAGCAACGCUCUCACGACUAUUGUCGCGUGACCAGGCACAAUCGGAUUAAGAUAAAGCGUAUUUAUUCAUCGAUUCGGAGUACUAUCCUAAUUGGCCGAAAACGACCAAAUCAAAGAGAAGAAAAGAAGAAAGCGACUUCGUACUAUCGCGACCCUCUCCGAGAACCGAGAAGAGCGUGUUUCCUCGUCGAUGCGAGGAGAGCUCGUCUGACCUCUCAGGAUCACGUUCGUAUGGACAGUAUGGAUUAACCGUCAACGCUCGACGCGAUUUCCUGUUCCCACCCGCCCAUAAAUCGUAGUAGUUGUAGUUAUGUAGAUACGAAAGGAGAACUAGUUAACCACGAUUGGUGCAAGCCAAGCACGGAAAUUUGUCCUCGUGCUCGCCACUGUCGAAUCGUGCGGUAUAAGUUAUUAAGAAGCGUCGCGACGUCAUAACGUGAGAGCAGCGCGCCAAGUGCGUCUACUUCGUUAUCGACUCCGCGAUAACGCUAACUCCUCAUUGCCAUUCUGCGGCUGAUUUUAAACAAUCGUGUGGCCUUAAAUCUCAGAUCGUUCGUUGCAUUUAAUGGCUGUGACUCCUAGGGACCAAGACUGCGUGCAAUGUAAUUGAAUCGGGCAGGCCGGAUUCGAGUGAAAAAGUCCACGCUUCGCUACUUGGAGUAUUUUUCCUUUUUCCCCUCUCUCUCUUUCUCUCUUUCCUAUACGUUUGUCAACCUAGAAGUUUACGUACCUUCGAGCAGAUCGCACGUAAGACCAAUAACGAAGGGACGAACGUAAGUACCAAGAGUUUGGGCAUUUAAUAUGCUAUCGACACGUAAAUGUACAAAGAGAGUUACAAAGUACCUACACGUGUACAUAGAGAAGCUGUUCCGCGCGGCGAUAGAUUUUGUUACAAAUUUAUUUUCUAGGUGGGUUUUUAGCUAAGUUAUUGUUGGGCAUUACGUCACUCACGUGAGAUGAAUAGCAGAGACGGCAAACCUCGGUAAUUGCGUCGAGUUCUCCUAUUUCCUGUCGAUCGGUAACCGAGACGGGACGCCUUAUAACAAAUUAUAAAUAUAACGACGUUACAUCUAUUAUUCCGUUACUAUCACGAGUGAAUUAUCAGAAAGAGAGAGAGAGAGUACUACCAGAUAUCGAUUUAGAGCUUUUAAUUUCGAUAAUGCAUAUUGAAUGUUAUAUUGAUAGCACGUUGCACGUGCUAUCAGAUAGUAUUUUGAUAAUGAUUGAAUUAUAUCGUUGUGUGCGUUUACCGUUGUAAAGAAAGUGUUCCGGUAUUAAAAACCGAAUCAACUGUCU